AUGUACCCAAAUCCGAACAUCAACUACGAGCGCUACGUGCUCAACACCGGCGUGGCUACCGUCCGAUCGCCAAACCUCCCAGGCACUGCCACGUCACUGGAUGAAAAAACACUCGCCGCGGCGGUGGAAGCGGCAGCGAAAGAGUUCAAGCCACGUCAUAUUCAGGAGCUCCAGGAGGAAGCGUUAACUGCGGAGGAAGUGGCGGAGCUGCUGCAGAUGCGCGCCAAUGGGAGCUUGCCUGAGUCCGCGAAGGUGGCGGCGGCGCUUGAGCGCGAGGCGGGGAGGCUCCGCGGAAGCAGCGAGGGCGGAAACGACGUGGGGGCGCUUGGAGCGGCUCGGGAUGAGUCUGCGGGGAGUCGCGCUUCGGAGGAGCAGAAUUCGAUCCAGUACGCGCGGCACGAGCUGGAAGCGCGGCUGCUCAAAGGGAAGCCGAUCCGCAUCUGGAUCAGAGAGCUUCAGCUGAUGUGGCGCGACGACACAGGCGCGCAGAAUUCAGCAUUCCUCAAGGCGCGGGACGGCAAGGAGCAAGGCCGAGGCGCCACGGGCUUCAUCCAACGGAUGGUGAUCGACGGUCGGGAUGUGAUCCCUCCUUUCCACCCUGGGAGCUCCAUCUCCGCGGACGGAGGCUUUAAUCUGCUGUUCGCGGAAACCAAGAGCCAGCCCGGGAGGGUAGAAGACGAGUUCCACCUGAAAAUAGAGGGCGUGGCGGAUCUGAGUGUGACGGCGCGGGUGGCCCAUCCGCUCAUGCAGACCGCGACUGAGGCUCAGGCGCAUUUCAACGUGCAUAUUGAGCAGCUUAAUGUAAGCGCUGAGUCUACUACCGUAGAAGCAGAGGUGCCUGUCAUGCAGCCCAUGCAGCUCAUGUACCACACGGAGGGCAUUCACGGGGUGUUGGGACAGACCUUUCUCGGCGAGGCAUCUCGCGCAGUACGGUCUCUGCGUCACCGCCUGCUCACUCGCCUGCUGCGGGAACCGGUGGAUGUGGAGAGCAGCGAGGGGGGCGAUGGGCUGCUGGAUGGGCGCGUGCAGGACUAUCUCACCUCGGGAAUUGCUGCCCCGGACUGUGCAUUCGCUGCCGUGUGGAGGAGGGGAGAGCACGAGAGUGAGAUUAGGGACGACGGGGUUGAUUUGAUGUGA